AGGAAUGAGACGGCAGAAACUGAAGCUAUUCCAUCCUGUUACCUGCUAGCAGACCCAGCUUCUCUUCUCCGUAGCCUUGCCUCCGCCAUGGCGGACUCGGGAGGGUCUCAGCUGAUUCAAAACCUGACCUUUAAUGCGAGCGGCGCCAUAAAGCUUCUUACUCUUUCGCCCGCUUUCCAGCAUGUGGCCUGGAUCAGACACAACAUCCGCAAGAUGGAGUGUUGCUUCUUCACAAAAGGUGCCAGAGAGGACGUGUGCGUGUGUGGCUACGGGAAGAGCGAGCAUGCGGCCGAGGCCGUCAACGAGGAGGACUUCAGCGACGAAGCCUGGGAUGGACACAGACAUGUCCGUGAAGUGCCCACAGACGCUUUCGGGGACAUCAGCUUCGGUGGUUUGAGGCAGGUGACGACUAAGUAUGCCCGAGUGUCCACUGAGACCAGUCCUGAAGUCGUCUACCAGUUACUGACUGAACAGUGGAAACUGUCCCCUCCCAACUUGUUGAUCUCCGUGACCGGAGGAGCCAAGAACUUCUAUCUGAAGACACGGCUCAAGAACGUCUUCCAAAGGGGUCUCAUCAAAGUGGCCCAGACAACAGGUGCGUGGAUCAUCACAGGUGGCACCAACACGGGUGUCAUGAAGCAUGUCGGGCAGGCGGUGAAGGAUUACUCCCUGAGCAGCUCCAUGCAGGGCCAGAUUGUGACCAUCGGAGUCGCCACAUGGGGAGUUAUUAACAAUAGAGACGUUUUGGUGAAUUCACAGGGUUGUUUCCCCGCCCAUUACUCGAUGGAUGUCAAGAGUCGAAUGCCGUGCCUUGAUAACAAUCACACUCACUUCCUGCUGGUGGACGACGGGACACUCGGCCACUAUGGCGUUGAGAUCGAUCUGCGGAGUCGAUUGGAGAAGUGCAUUUCCGGAAAGUCUCUCGGAAACAAAGAUGGUGAAGUGACCAUCCCUGUGGUGUGUGUGGUAUUAGAUGGAGGAGCAGGGACUCUCAGUACCAUCUACACAGCCAUGCUCAACGACACACCAUGUGUGGUGUUCGAGGGCUCGGGAAGAAUGGCUGACGUGAUCGCCCACGCAGCAGGACUACCUGUGAGCCAGGUGACCAUCAGUCUCAUCCAUCGCCUGCUGAAGAAGUUCCUCAGCCACGAGUACGACAACUUCUCCGACCUCCAGAUCAUCGAGUGGACCAAAAAAAUUCAGGACAUCAUCAGGAUGUCUCACCUGCUGACUGUAUUCAGAGGAGGCGAGGACAAUCACGGAGACGUGGAUGUGGCCAUUCUGCAAGCGCUCUUCAAAGCUUCAAGGGCCAGUGAGUCCCAAAGAGUUGAGGGCUGGAGGAGGCAGCUGGAGCUGGCCAUCGUCUGGAACCGAGUGGACAUAGCCGCCACCGAGAUAUUCACCGACGAAAGCCAAUGGAAGUCCGAUGCCCUCCAUUGGGCCAUGUUCUCGGCCCUGGCAGGCAACAAGCCCCAGUUUGUGAGCCUCCUGCUGGAGAACGGCGUGAAUCUAGGGGAGUUCCUGCAGAGCGAGAACACACUGUGUGACCUCUACAAAAAGCUGCCCAGUUGCUUGUUCCUCCGCAAGCUGGCCCAACGGGUCCACAGGUCCUGCUGUCCGAAGAGGAAAGUGUUUGUCAUCAAAAACCGGGUACAGCCGGGACCAAGUGAGGGCAUCUGCUUGAAAUACGUGUCUGAUGAGGUGCGGCACCUGCUGGGCAACUUCACCCAGCCCAUCUACCCACCGGCUACCAUUACAUACCAGUUCAACAUGGAGGAUGGAACAUCGCUGCCAAGAAGUCUGUCAGGUUCCCAAGCGCCCCUCAGGAUGGACCUUGCUGAGGCUCAGAGAGAUCCCGCGAGAGACAUUUUCCUUUGGGCAGUUGUGCAGAACAAUAAGGAGAUGGCAGACAUUGCCUGGGAGCAGUGCACAGACUGCAUGUCCGCUGCUCUGGCUGCAUGUAAGAUCUUAAAGAAAAUGGCGGAGGAAGAAAGUGAUGCGGACGGAGCCGUCGAGAUGCGAGAGCUGGCCGAUCACUACGAGAGACACGCUAUCGGUGUGUUCACGCGGUGUUACAGCAGCGGUGAGGAACGGGCGAAAAAGCUGCUGGUUCGCGUGUCGCCAUUGUGGGGGAGGACAACAUGCCUGCGGUUGGCGCUGGCUGCCAACUGUAAAAGCUUUGUGGCUCUGUCAGGUGUCCAGGCCCUGUUGACGGAGAUCUGGUGUGGGGAGCUUUCAGUGGCCAAUCCUGUGUGGAGAGUGAUGCUCUGCAUGAUCUGCUUUCCACUCAUCUACACUGGCUUUCUGACAUACAGACGCGAUGAGUUAAUCCAGAGGGAAGUUGAAAAAAACGAAGCGAUAAAGACGGUCGAGAGCGUCACAGGAAGCGCACUGACAACCAAAUCUCAGAGCUUUGACCUCACCACCAUGAAGUCGCUGAACUGCUGGACCAGACUGACUGGCCUGUACGGUUCGCCACAGGUCAAGUUUUACUGGAAUAUUGUCUUCUACUCCGCCUUCCUCUUCCUGUUUGCGGCAGUGCUGAUGAUGGACUUCCAGGCCACGCCCUCUCCUUUGGAGAUCCUACUGUACGUGUGGCUCUUCUCUGUGGUGUGCGAGGAGGUCCGGCAGUUGUUUUAUGACCCGGAUGGAUUUGGGUUCCAUAAGAAAGCCAGGGUGUACAUUAGAGAACUCUGGAACAUUUUAGACGUUUUAUCCAUCGUCCUCUUUAUUAUUGGCCUGGCAUUUAGGCUCACGACCAGGCUGUUUUAUCCUGGCAAGUACAUCCUCUGCAUCGACUUUGUGGUCUUCUGCCUGCGUCUCAUGGCCAUCUUCACCAUCAGUCGAACACUUGGACCUAAGAUCAUCAUUGUCAGGAGAAUGAUGAUGGACAUGUUCUUCUUCAUGUUCCUGCUGAGUAUCUGGGUGGUGGCGUACGGCGUGGCCAAACAAGGCAUCCUGAUCCACAAUGACGAUCGCCUGGAAUGGAUCAUCCGGGGGGCUGUCUAUGAGCCGUACCUCACCAUAUUUGGCAACUUCCCCACAAAUAUUGAUCAUACUGCAUUCGACAUAGACGGAUGCACCAUGAAUGGCAGUGAGCCCUUGAAGCCCAAAUGUCCCAUGCUGAAUGAAAACAAAACUCCAGCCUUCCCCGAGUCGCUCACCAUCAUCAUGCUGUGUGUCUACCUCCUCUUCGCCAACAUCCUGCUGCUCAACCUGCUGAUCGCCAUCUUCAACUUCACAUUCCAGGAAGUGCAGGACAAUACCGACCGGAUAUGGAAGUUCCAGAGAUACGAGCUGAUCAAGGAGUACAACAGCCGCCCUGCUGCCCCUCCACCUUUCAUCAUCCUCAGCCACCUUUACCUCUUCUUGAGAAAUGUGGUGCUGUGCAGACCAAACCUCAAAUCCAGGAAGUUUAGGACCGAGCUUCCUCACAAUGAAGAAGAGGAGCUGCUCUCGUGGGAGGCCUUGAUGAAGGAUAAAUACCUGCUGUCCAACCAGCAGCAGCAGACUGAGAUGAUGGAGCAGUGUAUAGUGGACACGGCGCAAAAAAUUACCACCAUAACUGAUAGGCUGGAGCGGGAAGAGGAGAUGAGCUCUGCCAUCUUGAUGAAACGUAUGGCCAGACUGGAGGAGCAGGUUGUCCAGUCGGCCAAAAGCCUGCAGUGGAUUAUGGACAGUCUCAAAUCAAAGGGUCUCGCUGUGAAAGAAGAGCAACCAAUCGCCGUACUUUCAGCAGCGAAGGAUUCGCCCGAAACGUCGGUGGAAGAAGCACAUGGGUACCACGUCAACGCCCGCCAGUUCCAUUACCCCGGCAGCAAAGUCACUCGCUUCCCCGUGCCUGAGGAGAAGGUGCCGUGGGAGGUCAGCUUCAGCUCAUACAUGCCUUCUUAUUAUUGCUCAGACGACAAAGGAGACAGCGUGGAUAGAUCCGAAUCCAUCUUGGGCAAUUACAGAAACCCUGGAGGGAGGACCGGCAUCAGGGGUCAAGGUUCACUCGACAAUUUGGGUCCAAAUCUGCAUGUCGACCUUGUGAUUACACGUGUGCGAGACAGUGGACGGUCUGUUUUGGAGUUUUUGGCUGUUGUAGAUGAGCAGCAACAGACCCUGUUUCUACCUGGGGGACCGGUCCAAUCCGUUGAUCAGCUGCCGGCAGCUCUGAUGAGAAUCAUGGGCAAGAACCUGUAUGAAAAAUUACUUGAAAAAAAUGUUGAGGGAAUACCGGUGUUUGAGGGUUACGUGGAUGACAUCAGGAACACAGAUAACGCCUGGGUGGAAACCACAGUCCUCGACCUUCACCUGCACCCCAGCGAUGAUUCCGAGGAUAUCGCCAACACGGUGGCGUGCAGCCAUGGCUCCCUGCAGUGGCUGGAGGUCAGCAGCAAAACCCGACUUUGCUCCGAGCACAGUGACUCGCUGAGGCGGGUCGCCGUGCGGCAUCAUAUGAACUCCUAAUUUGGACCUCGUGGUGGAGCUGCAGCUCUGGGAUCACCUUUCCUCGGGCAUGCCGUUUACCUCAAAGGUUACAUUCUGUUGUACUGAAAGCACCUAAGUCACAUUAUCACAUUCCACUGCU